AUGGAGGCAGCCGUCGCGUACCUCCUCCUCCUGCCCCCGCUCCUCACCUGCACCGUGCUCCUUUCCCUCCUCCUGCUCCCGGCCUCGAAGCCAUCCAAACCCAGAAACGGCGCGUUCAGCCACCUCCCUCUGCCGCCGUCCCCGCCGGCCGUCCCGGUAAUCGGCCCGCUCCUGUGGCUCUGGCGCGCGCGCUCCCGCCUCGAGCCGGCGAUCCGGGACCUGCACCGCCGCCACGGGCCCAUCCUCACCCUCGGCUUCCUCUCCCCGCGCCCGGCCAUCUUCGUCUCCGGCCGGCACGUCGCCCACCGCGCGCUCGUCCAGCGCGGGCCCGCCUUCGCCAGCCGCCCGCCCGCCAUCGCGCCCUUCGUCGUCCUCACCUCCGCCCAGCGCACCGUCAGCUCCGCCCCCUACGGCCCGCUCUGGCGCUCCCUCCGCCGAAACCUCGUCGCCGGCGUUCUCCACCCCAACCGCGUCGCGUGCACCUUCGCGCCCGCGCGCCGCUGGGCGCUCGCGCUCCUCGCCUCCGACCUCGACCUCGAGGCGGAGUCGGCCCGGAGCGAGGGUGGGGCGGUGACCGUCGUGGAGUCCCUCCAGUUCGCCAUGUUCUCGCUGCUCACGUACAUGUGCUUCGGGCGGAGGCUGCCGGCGGGACGCGUGCGCGCGAUCGAGGCCGUGCAGCGGGAGCUCUUCUCGUCCUAUAUCGGCUUCCAGGUGUUCGCGUUCUGCCCGGCGCUCACCACGCGGCUGUUCCGGCGGCGGUGGCGGAAGGUGCUGUCCAUCCGGCGGAGGCAGGAGGAGCUCUUUUUGCCGCUGAUCAGCGCACGAAGGGAACUAGCCAGCGGCAGUGUGACGGCUAAUGGCCAUGAUGAAGACGACGGCAGCCUGGCGUACUGUUACGUCGACACGCUCCUCGCGCACAGGCUCCCCAAGGAGGAGACAGGAGAGGGUGCAUGCGGCGAGCGAGCGCUCACUGACGCCGACAUCGUUAGCCUGUGCACGGAGUUCCUCACGGCAAGCGUCGACACCACGGUGACCGCGCUCCAGUGGAUCAUGGCGAACCUGGUCCGGCAGCCUGACAUUCAAACGAAGCUCCGGGACGAGAUCAACGCGGCGAUGGCCGACGAAGGCAAGGAGGAUGCUGUCGCCGAGGAGGACCUGUCGAGGAUUCCGUAUCUUAAGGCGGUGGUCCUGGAGGGGCUGCGGCGCCACCCGCCGGCGCACUUCCUGCUGUCACACGCCGCCGCUUCAACGUUCGAGGACGCGUCGCUCGACGGGCUCCGCGUGCCGGCAGCCACGUCGGUGAACUUGUCGGUGGCGGACGUGUCGCUGGACAAGGAGGUGUGGAGCGAGCCGGAGGAGUUCAGGCCGGAGAGGUUCCUGGACGGCGGGGAGGGCGCCGGGGUGGACCUGACGGGGAGCCGGGAGAUCAGGAUGAUGCCGUUCGGGGCCGGCCGGAGAAUCUGCCCCGGCAUGGCGCUCGCGCUGUUGCACCUGGAGUACUUCGUGGCGAACCUUGUCAGGGGAUUCGAGUGGUCGGCUGUGGCGGGGGACGGCGGCGUUGAUCUGUCUGAGAGGCCGGAGUUCACAGUGACCAUGGAACGGCCGCUGCGCGCCCGUGUCACGCCCAGGAGAUGCCGGCUAGUUCGGCCAGUCUGA